UAUUCAGCAAGCAUGGAAGUCGACACGGUCAGACACGGCUGGCAGUCUGGUCCCGAUUUUCGCGGCACCUACGACAUCGUCAAGACUUGCCUUGGAACGGUUGUAUUGCUUUGCUGGUCAAGUGUCUGUCCAAACGUCCCGAGCCAGAAGAAAGGCCUCUGGCAUAAAUUUUCCGGAAAAAUACAGCUUUUUUUCCUUUCCAUGCUGGGCCCUGACUUUAUUUUCGCAACUGCUUUGGGACAGCUCAACGAAGCAUGGCGCGCGAAGAAAAUUUUGCAUAAGCAAGGAUACACAGAAUGGACUUUAAGACACUGCUUUUUCGUCAACAUGGGUGGCAUUCAUCUUGAAUUUCGGGACCGAAAGCAGAACGGUUUACCAACUUUUCCAGCAGAUGUCGACCAGCUGCUAUACCUAGUCCGAAACAAUUACAUGAGUCUGCCAACCAUCACCCAAGCCGAUAUCGACGACCGCAACAAAGCAGACAGCUUUACCCGGGCAAUCGCCAUCAUCCAGACGACAUGGUUCACUGUCAAUAUCUUUGGGCGUAUUGCGCAAGAUUUGUUUGUUACGACUAUGGAGUUGACCACACUAUCCUUUGUAUUCCUCAUGACCUGCUGCUCCAUCUGCUGGUGGCACAAGCCAAUGGACAUCCCAAGACCUUUCAUUGUUCCUGUUUAUGCCGAUCUCUCCGGUAUUUUGGCACAAGAACACACUUCUGCCAAGUCUUUCGGACUCACACCAUUGAGUUUUAUCAACCGCAAAGAGUGGCUAGCAAGCCAAUUCUGGGCUUGCUGUAUUCACGUACUGCGCAAAAUAAUAUUCAAAUCAUCGACCAUCACGAAACCUACCGAGGCCGACCAUUUUCCAUCAAUCAGUUUCCAUGAGCCAGACCUGAAGUGGGAACUCACUGCUGGCUGGGUAGUACCGGCAUACAGCGCCAUGUUUAUGAUUGCGUGGAAUUUCCCGUUUCCGACCGCCACCGAAUGUUUGUUGUGGAGAAUUUCGGCCAUCAUCACUCUAGCAGUUCUUACGCUGUUGCCGAUCCUGGCAUUCUGGCAGCAGCAUAGGGUUAGCGUAGCUAGCUGGUUUGGAUUCAAAAAAGCCUCGGAGGCUGAGAACACGAUUCAUGGAAACGACUAUGGAGACAUUGUAGAGCUUGGUUUUCCACAGCCAAAUCAACACAUGGGUUUGCUUGAUCGGCUGCGCAACAUGUCCGCCAACAAAGAUCCGUUGCUGGUAAUACGUAUUCGUGUUUGGAUACCAUUCGCAGCUAUGGCCGCGUUAUACUGCAUUGCGCGGCUCUAUAUUCUAAUUGAGGAUAUCGCUGGGCUGCGGUCUUUACCGCAAAGUACCUUUCAGACUGUCACAUGGAACCAAUAUUGGUCUCUAUUCUAG